AUGCCCCUCGCAACGGCUCCUGCUGCUGCUGCCGACGACGCGCCCUGGAAACCCAUCGCGGCGCAGAAACAACGUGACCGAGCAUCGCGGAUCCCCUCGAAAUGGCACAUUCCCACAUCGGCCCUCCCCAAAGACCCUCCUACCCUCGCCGACGGGCCGCAGAACGUACUGCACCUCCCACGCCAAUUCCUCACGCACGCGGAGAUUGAAAUCACAGAAGCAUACACCGUCGAGACGCUCGUCUCGGCGAUCACUGAAAGGAAACUCACCAGCGUCGAAGUCGCCGACGCAUUCUGCCACCGCGCCGCCAUCGCGCAGCAGCUGACAAACUGCCUGACCGAGCCGCUGUUCGAGAAAGCGCUCGCGCGCGCGAGAUUCCUCGACGACUACCUCAGCACGCACGGCCAGCCGUUUGGGCCCUUACAUGGCCUGCCGAUCAGCGUGAAGGACACGUUUGACGUGCAGGGCGUGGACACGUCGAUCGGGCUCGCGGCCCUAUGUAAUAAGCCCGCAGCAAGAAAUGCGCCGCUCGUGGACCUUCUACUUAGUUUGGGGUGCGUGGUGGUGGCCAAGACGAAUAUCCCCCAGACGCUGGCCAGCCUGGACAGCGUGAACAACAUCUUCGGCCGCACCAUGAACCCGAUCAACCGGCUCUGCACGGCGGGUGGGUCCAGCGGCGGCGAGGGCGUGCUCGUCGCCAUGAAGGGCUCCAUGGUGGGAAUUGGCACCGACAUUGGCGGCAGCAUUCGCGUGCCGGCCAUGUGUAACGGCGUGUAUGGCUUCAAGCCGAGCAACCUGCGAUUGCCGUACGGGGGGCAGGCGCUCACAGGAGCGGAGGGCACGAGCCGUACGAGCGUGCAGGCCGUGGCGGGGCCGAUCGCGCGCAGUGUUCGGGAUGUGGACUUCUUCCUCGCGCACGUCAUACCCCUGGCCACGGCGUGGGGGGAGGACUGCAUGCCUUGUGCGUGGACGCUACCGCCACCGUCAGCACAGCUGACAACCGCCCUCAAGGGGAGCGGACCCAACGGCGAACUCGUCAUCGGCAUCCUGCGCAGCGACGGCAACUGUACGCUCCUCCCGCCCAUCACCCGCGUGCUCAACGAAGUGGCCGUCGCGCUGUCGGCGAGCAGCCGCGUGGUAGUGAAGGAACUGCUCACCCCGGCGGCGUGGACAAAGGCGCAGUCCGUGAUGAGCAAGCUGAUGGGCGUGGAUGGGGCCACUGUCAUGAAUCAACUGAUCACGGACUUCAAGGAGCCGCUCGUGCCGUGGAUGGCCUCGCGCUUCCGGGCAGGCAAGGCGCAGCCUCUCGAGCGCGUCGCCGAGCUGCAGGCCCAGCGGUCGGCGCUGGAACGCGAGAUGCUCUCCCUGUGGAGCGACGUGGAUGAGUUCGGGCGGCGGAGGCAAGUCCUCGACGCCAUCGUCUGUCCCGUGGCCCCUCACCCGGUGCCGCCUAUCGAGGGGUACAACGCCGUCGGGAUGACCAGUAGUUUCGUCCUGUUCGACUAUCCGGCUGGCACGGUGCCGGUGCGCGACGUCGUGGCCGACGAUUUGGAGCUCGGCCGGCCUCUUGCUGCGGGCAAUAUCUUGAGCUCCUGGGACGUAAGGUGUCGCGAGCUGUGGGAUGAGCAUGUCACGGACCGGAGGGUCUACUUGGGCACGCCGCUUAGUGUGCAGGUCGUGACGCAGCGAGGGCGGGAUGAGUGGUUGUGCAGGGUGAUGGGCCUGGUUGAUGAGGCUGUCAAGGCCGAGAUUGCGGCGGCGGCGGCAGUAAAACCGCGGUUGUGA